AUGGACCAGCAGGCGCAGACACUGCUGACGACGCUCAAACGCUCGUCGGCCGCCUCGGAUGCGAAGCUCACCCAGCUGAACAAUCUCAAGUCCGACAUCAAGCACCACCGCGUCCCCGACACUGCCCAACCCGUCAUCUUUGAAUGUCUGCGCGUCGCCUUGACUCAGCAGGCCUCGAGCACCCUCGCCACCGCUGCUUUCACCACGCUGGGUCAUCUUAUUAAGCGCCUGAAGAUCCAGGACCCCGAUGGCACUUCUAUUGUCCAACACGCCCCCAAACUCUUCGCCGCUUUGCAAGAAAGACUAGGCGACCUUCGCGAAAACCACCGCAAUGCUGCCUCGCAGGCCUUCGCCGAUGCCUGGCACUUCUGCCCCCACGACGUCGAGAACAUCAUCCGUGACCAAGUCAUCCCUGGCGCAAACGUGCGCGCAAAGGACACUGCAAUGCACUGGGUUGUGCGCAUGAAUCGCGAAGAAGCACUGCCCUUCAAGAGUUUCGUGCCUUUGAUGGUUGCAAAUCUCGAGGAUCCCGAUGGCGCAGUCCGCGAUUCGGCCAAGGGUGCUUUGGUUGAUCUCUUCCGAAACGCUCCAGACCGCGCGAAAGCCGACCUUAAGAAACAGUUGAACCUGCAUGGCGUUCGCACAGGCAUCGCCUCUCAGAUUCUUACACAAAUCGACUCAGACAAACCAUCCGCUCCUGCAAUGGACAUGUCACAGUCCACUCGUUCCCUCCCUGCCAUCGAUCCACAUCUCGCCGAGAGUAUCAACAGUGAUGCGGCUCGCGCACCUCCUCUCGAAGAAAUUCCAAUGGACCCCAUCUUCGUCCAUUCGCAAAGAGAGCUCGAGGACACAUUCAGCGAUAUGCUUCCGCACUUUGAAGGCAGAGAGAGCGAGGAGAACUGGGGCAAUCGCGACAAGAGUGUCACCAAGAUGAGAAGACUGCUAAAGGGAAAUGCUCCCACGGACUAUCACACUCUCUUCAUGACUUCCAUGAAACACAUGCAAGCAGGUAUCAUCAAGGUCGCUACAUCUCUGAGAACGACCACGUCCAGCAAUGGAUGUUACUUGGUACAAGAGCUGGCCAGGGCUUUGGGUCCGGCUCUUGAUCCAAUGGUCGAGAUCUACCUGCAAACCUUUGUCAAGAUGUGUGCGGCUACCAAGAACAUUGCUGCUCAGAACGGCAACGUGACGGUUGACACCAUCUACCAAUACGUGUCGUAUAACAUCCGUACCAUGCAGCAUGUCUGGGUUGCCUGCCAGGACAAGAACGUCCAGCCGAGAACGUUUGCUUCUGGCUGGCUUCGUACUAUCCUCAGUAGGCAAGCUAGCGCAAAGUCUCACUUUGAGAGUACUGGAGGUCUCGAGCUUGCCGAGAAGUGCGUAAAACACGGUCUCAACGACUCUCAGCCCAAGGUCAAGGAAGCCAUGAGAGCUACAUACUGGGCUCUGGCCAAGGUAUGGCCUAACAGAGCCGAGCUCAUCAUGAACAGCCUCGACCCCAAGGCAAAGAUUGCUCUUGAAAAGCAUUCACUGAACCCGAACGCCUCUGUCUCUAGCGCCUCGACUCUUCGCACCUCGACCGCAAGCAGAGCAGGAGCAGCCUCAAAAUCCUCAGUCAGGGAUGCCAUAAUAGCAGCGCGCAAGAAGGCUCAGGCUGAGAGUCGCCCCAGCUCUGCAAUGGCCACUGUCUCACCUACCACUGUGAGAUCAAAAUCAUCGAACAAUCUAUCAGCUCGCCAACCCUCCGCCGGACCUCCUGCAUCUGCCCGUGUUCCGUCCGCCGCGUCGACUUCGUCUUCCACAUCUACCAACGCAAGACCCAAUGCACUGAUGUCUGGAGCCGCCAGGCGGCCGGUCAGACGCCCAGAGAUCUCGCGCCCUGCUACGGCAGAUCCUUACGCAAGCCGCAGACUAGCCAGACCCGAGACACCUUCUAUCAAGAGCAGCCCGGCCAUGAGUCCUUUCCGCCAGUCUUAUCUCUCUCCCAGAAACCACCUUUCGGCCUCCCCCAAUUCAACCAGAAGUCAUCUUCCGACUUCACCACGAUCGACGCUGCGUCGACCGACAUUGAAUGGCUCGGCAUCUGUGGACAGCGUGCUGCCUGUGGUCGCUGACGACACCUUUACUAUGGAGUUGCCAACCGUACACAGAUCGCAAGCGCCUGUCUUCGAGCGUCGUGCUUCGCACUUGUCGACCGUUGAUCCUACGACGGAUGUCCAGCCCUCAGAACCACAACACACCCGGCGGGCGUCGGAUAGAAACGAUUCACCCAUCACAAUCAGCCACAGGCCCAGCCCUCAGACUGCUCAAAUUGAACCCGCCGCCCCUCCAUCCGAAGAGGCCGGUUUCCAGAUCCAUGAAGAUCCGUUCAUGGAAGGCAUUGAGGCAUCAGAGGCGCAAAAGAUGCGACAGUCACAAGAUGCUCGCAAUGUGCUGGGCGAAGUACCAGUCAACGAGUUCAGCCAGGUCGAGAGCUCCAACCGCGAUGAGCUGCCUAGAACAGAGGACUCUCCACCGCAGAGCCCACAAACCAAGUCCGAGACUCUGCGCUCCAGAAAGCUGCUGAUGUCAGGUAUCGAGCGCAUACGGGGACGAACACUCGAUGCACACGGUUUUAGAAAGGUGCUCGAACUGAUAAAGGCAUCCGAGUCGGGAGACAUCUUUGGCUCGGUGGGUGAAGGCAGACGUUUUGACGACCUGUGCAGUGUCCUCCUUGAGUACAUUGUCGAAUCCUCUGACGCUGUGGCGAAUCCUGCCGUCCGACACUCGCAAGAGCUCAGGAGACAGGCUACCAGUGUGAUGAGAACUGUUCUCGAAGCACAGCAGCCGGUGUAUAGAAAGUGGAUCGCUGCUGGACAUUGGUACCCGCGGGCGCUCACCGGCGCUCUUGAUGCACGCAAGAAUGUCGAAGGCUCGGGACUGCUGGUCAAGGACCUUGAAGCGCUCGCUAGUGAUGUCGUGGCUAGAAUCCACCCUGACGAGGGCGAGAAGGCCAUGAUUGAAUGGCUGGAGCGUCGCAGUCUGGUGCGCAAGAACAAGGCGAUGGCACUCGCACUGCGCAACUUGGCCGCAUUGAUUGCAUCUACUACCGCGUCUGCUUCCCCUCUGUCGAAAGACUUGGGCGAACGCGCUGGACGUCUUGCUGUUGUGUGUCUGCGCUCCAAGGACGCAGAAGUGCGCAAGUCGUCCGUCGAAUUGGCAACACAAUUGCACAUGAGUUGGCCAUCAGACGCUGACAAGCAACCCGACUCGAAGAGUGAGUUCUGGAGUAUGCUUGAGAAGAACGGUUUGCCAGAGAGCGCCCGCAAUCUGAUUGUCUAUUUCAUUGCACGCAGAGAGAGAAGUGGUUGA